CCAAUAGGAACUCUUACUUCUUACUGCUUGCAAUCUUACAACCGUCUUGUAGAGGGUCCUUUAGUGUCUCGUAAAGCUGCUUCUAUAGCUGUUCAAUUUCUGUGUAACUCUUUUCUUUGGUAUAAGUGUAGGAAAAUAACUCUUGAAAUCAUGUCAGCUAAGAAUCACCCUAGUCCAGAUACUAGAUAUACAUUUGCAGAUUUAGUGCUUGAUGUUCGUUCAUCAAUUAAUGAACUACCACGUUGGAGCUUUAUCGAUCUUCCGAAUCAACUUGUAUUAUAUCGUACAGAUGAGGAUAAUUUGACAUUAACUGUAAUCGUGGAAGAAGAAUAUACUGUAGAACAUGAGCAUCCAGAUUUGGAUUACACAGUAUGCAUUACUAUGGCAGACAUAGAUAAUUUUGAUAUCUUCAAGAAAAAUUUACAAAGGAUAAGAAUAUGCAGAGGAUAUAAGAAUGCACAGCAAAGGAGACAUCCAAAGUGCGUUAAAACAUUAGGUUCCGACCAUGGCCUUUCUUCAUUUAAUAUGAGAUGCUCGUUUUGCGGACAAUGGAAUAAGCAAAGGAGAAAUAAGAUGGAAAGAGAUAAGGAUUUUCAGGUGAUGGAGACUAUUAUACAGAAUCAGUUGCUGAAGAUUGAACCAAUAUUGAGAUCCUUCGAUGACAAGACUCGUACUAUGAAGAAUACUAUUAAAACACUGAUGAGUAAACGUAUCACUUAUAGAAGCCGCCAGCCUUAAAAAGCUGCUGCUUUACAUAUUCUUGAGAUUGAAGCUUUUACUUUUGUUUUCUAAUUCUUUUCUUUUAAAUCAUAAAAAAUUGUAAAUUAUAAUAUAAUUUCUAUGAUACAAUUGUAAUUUGUUGUUUAUAAAAAUAUAAGUUCUACAUAUUGUUUCAGCGAAAUUCAUUUAAAUUGUUAUUUCUAUUUAGCACAAAAUAAAUAUAAAUGAAAAUGAGUAUAAACAU